CUCCCAACCUUGUACUAUUGAGUAAUGACCUUACCUUACCCAGUGAGAGAAGGGAAAGGCAUGGCGAUGGCGUUGAGGCAGAGCGUGAGCGUAUACCCGAAGGCGAGUGCAGUGAAUUUCCACGUCCCUCUCUCUGCCCCUUCCUUCAUUCCUAUCAUUUACCGUAAUCAUAACACUGAUAACAGCCACACCUACCCUUUUUCCGUGCUUCGUAACGCCAUUCAUCUCACGCCGUUACCCAGAGCCUCUUCGGCGAACGCAUCUCCCACCAGCUAUGACGAUGACGACGACGGAGUCUCUCUCGGCACCAUGAAGCUUCCUUUGGAUACUGACCUUCAGAGAUUCGAUUCCUUGCUCUUUCAAUGGGCGAACAGCCUUUGCCAGGGAGCCAAUGUACCACUUCCCGUGCCUCUCAAGGUGGACAAAAUACCUGGUGGAGCUAGAUUAGGUUUUAUCACCAUUGGAGAUGGGAAAACAGAAGUUUUUGUGUAUAUUGACUGCUUGGUUUUUCCACCAACUGAAAAGUCUGCUCCAAUUUUCCGUGCCAUCAGAAAUGGUCCCUUGAAGGAUAAAGCACCACCCGGUGAGCCCAGAAUCAUGACGAGCCUUCUGCAAGCUCUUCAGAAGUCAGUUGAAAUCGCCAGAUUGUGAUUUUUUUUUUAUUUUUUUUUUGUUUGUUUGUUUCGAAUGUUAUUGUAAGGUUUGCAACCAGAAAAAGAGAAAGAAGUCUGAAUUUAUGUGUAUAUAUUUAUUCCAAUUCAUUAAUCCGUAUUUUAUUUACCACUGAGGAGACCAAUGUUCGUUUGAACUGUCAAGAAAUUUCUGGAAUCUCGAACU